GCCAUCAAUAUGACGUUGCCAACAUAAAAAAAUCAUGUUGGAACUUUACAAAACGGUUUAAAACUCACCCAAUGUGCAGUCAUUUUGAAAAAUUUCUGUACAUUUAAAUUUGGGAAAAAGGUUUUUAUUAUUCUUAAAAAAUAGCAUAAGAAACUUUGUAACUCAGACAAUGGCUAGUGAGGAAAAUUUUGAUUACGCGUCUUUAUCUCAAUUGGGAGAAUUUGCUCGUUUAAAUGAGGAGUCAUUUACAGAUAACGCAAUAAUGGAGGAGAUUUUGCAGGCUUAUACUAACGAAGAUGUUGAAGAAAAUUUUAGAAACGAAAAUCAUUCGUACGAAUUGCCUGCAUCAAUGCCUUUAGAUACAUAUAAUAUAUCGAAUUCGUUAGAAGAUUCCAAUAUACAAUCUCAAGAAUUGGAAUUAAUCUGUGAGACUCUGAUGCCUCGAGAACCAUUAUUUAAUGGCCUUGAAUCUCAUAUGCCUGCAAUAAUUUCGGAAAUUGUGCCACAAUCUGUGCCUCUAACAACCACCGAAAAAAAUAACGAAGCCUCUUCAUCUCUUUAUUCUAAUGGUAUUUGCCAUAAGUCUUUGUUGCCGUUCGGUUCGAAUGAAGAGGUUAUGAAUUUAAUACAUUUUCUAGAACAAACAAAUCAGCCAUCCCCUGCUUUUGAACUUAUAAACUGUGCAAAUUGUAACUGCCUGUUUGAUACAUCCACUUUUCAAACACAUUCUUGUUAUAAUGCUUUGGAAACCAAUGAUUUGACAUUGCCCACUCCAUGCCAAACAAGCUCAACUUCAACAUUGAUUUGUGAGCCAUCAACUACAGAUAAGGUAUCGCAAGCACUUUUAUCUUCUCCUCCAACUACAAGCCAUAACAGAGCAAAAGAAUCACUUAUUCCCAGCCCGAAUCUAUUCAAUAAAACGAUUUUGGGGUCAUUACCACAUAAGGAACCAUUGCUUACCGAUAUGUUGUCAGAUGUCAAACUGGCACCACCUGUGUCUCCACCACGUCCUAUAUGCUCUAUACCAUUUAAUAAAAUAAAGGCACCAUUAUCACUUGAAGAACCAGCUUGUAUACGCCUUCUAAAAGAAAAUCAGAUACGUUUAAGACGAUUUCUUAAAGAUGAACUAAAAGUUGACAUAUAUGCUGCUGGCAACAAACAUAACCAUACUAGAACUGAUAAUGAUAAAGAGAACGUCAACAGCAGCACAUCAUUAACGCUUCCAAAGAAACAAGAUGGUCCCCAUGUCUGUAUAAAAUGUGAUAGAAAAUUUGUUCAUGCUUCAGGCUUGUUGCGCCAUAUGGACAAGCAUGACAUGGACCUAAUACCAUCCAAAGCAUCUUUGGAAGGGCGACAAUCGACGUUAAUUUCUAAUUUUUCAGUAGUAAUUAAGUGUACAUUCUGUGGUCGUAUCUUUUUCGAGCGCAAUAGUGCAUUUGAUCAUAUUAGUGCACAUUUUGUUGAUUCGCCAGAUGUUGAAAGGGAAAAUGACAAUGACGGAGAUAAACCAUAUGAAUUGUACAUGGAUGCUGCAUUAGCUCUAUUGAGACAGGAGACCCCUAGCGUUGGAUCACCUCAGGAAUCGAACAAGCAGCCUAAAUUCAACUAUGCCGCCCACGCAAAGACCAGCGGUAUGUUUAAAAUCGUUACUCUCUCUAGUGUGCUGCAGUGCGAGUUUUGUGAUUAUCUAUUCUCGGAGGUCUCAUACCUACUAAAACAUUCCGCAUUCCAUUUGCCGGAAAGGCCAUUUGAAUGUUUUUCAUGUGAAAUUUACACGAAAACGGCAAAGGACAUACGCAACCAUUGGCAAACAGAAUGCGUUUUUAUGCGAGAAGACCUAAAAGAAAACCGAGCAGUGACGCAAAGAUAUUUUGUUUGCAACGUAUGCCAACAAAAAUUUACUAGCUUGGAUCAAUUGCUUGAACAUCGUUACAGUGCCUAUCAUUUAUUUCCACGCCUAAACAAACGCUUGGGGAAAAUGCAAUUGCCUUGUGAAUACUGCGAUAUGAUAUUCAAUGAAGCCCGUGCAUGCUUUGCUCACUAUGAAGAAAAACAUAAAAAGGCUCCAAAAGAGAGAAAUAUCGACGACUCAGACAAACCCAAUAAACCUUAUAUGUAUUUAUGCCAUAUUUGUGGUAAAUCCUAUGCACAAUCGAGCCAUUUGGGACAGCAUUUAAGGUUUCACGAAGGUGUCAAGCCAUUUGAAUGCAAUGAACCAGAUUGCGCACGCAAAUUUACUACACGUAGCGAUUUGAGGGAUCACAUUUGCAAGUGUCAUACUGGAGAAAGACCAUAUAAGUGUCUUAUAUGUGAUAAAUCAUUUAUGACGGGAUCUGUAUUUUAUCAACAUCGUCUAAUACACCGGGGAGAUCGACGUCACAAAUGUUUGGUAUGUGAUAAAAGCUUCUUUCGUGCCGAUGCCUUGAAAAAUCACCAGCGCAUUCAUACGGGAGAAAAACCGUUUGAGUGUGAUUUCUGUACGAAAUCAUUUCGCCAACGUGGCGAUCGUGACAAGCAUAUGAAAGCUAGACACUCCAAUUUGGAUGAGAACACUAAGAUUUUAAUGAAGUUGCAAAAAUUAGAAUUGGUAAAGGCCACAGCUGCUAAAAAAGUCGCACACAACAUUUCAGGCGAAGAAAAUCAAGAACCAAACGACCAAGUGUUGGAUACAUAUUAGUUACUGGUAUUGGGGUUUUAAGGCUUAUUUACAUAAUAGACGUUAAACGAUUUUUUUGUUAAUCACUAAAAAAACUUCUUUAUUUAUUCUUAUAAUUAAUUAUAGAAUUAAUUUGUUUUUAAUACUUAUUCAUUAUUAUUAGUGUAUAGCCUUUUUCGAGUUUAUCGCUCAUUGAGAAAUUUAA